AUGCAAAUAAGUUCUUCCGUCAACUUGCGCAAAGCAGCAGAUAUCUGGUCUGUGGCAUUUUUCCCCAAUGCUGAUAAAUCACUACUUGGAAAGGCAGACCCUUCCAAACGCUUAUCAGACAGCAAAUUCAAUAGCCAGUUCCUGCAAGAACUGCAGAAACCCUAUGACCUCUCGCAUGAGAUAAACGAUAACAAUGAUGAGGACGAUGAAACAGAUAUCAAUGAUGAUGAUGAUAGCCAUGAUGGUGAGGUGGUUGUCUUGGGUAGCUCGGGUGAUGGGUUGAAUGAAGACAAUCCAGACAACGAAAAUAUGGAUGUUGUCAACACCAAUGAACAGGUCAAUAACCAAGGUGGUUUUGAUGAACACUACGAGGAUUUGGUGGAUGAAGAGAGAGAAGAAGAAGCUCGUGAUCAGCGCUUCCAGAUGAUGGUUGAUGAAGCAAACUGGUGA